GGACUGCCAGGAGAUGCCUCAAAGGCCACUAGGGGGCGAGAGUCCUGCGGUUCAGAGAGCUCAGUCUGCCCCUUACCAGAGGGUGAGCUAGGGGAAAUAUAUGGGGAUUGAGAGAGUAUGGGGAUUGUGAUAGUUGACUAUUGAAUAGCCUGUCUUGCAACUUGUUGAGCCUGUUGUGUAAGAGUGCGGCAGCAGAGAUAAGUAUCUUUUCCCUCAGAAUAAGCAACUCUCCGCCAGAUGCAAUAGGGCGAUAACGGCUGAUGAUUGUGGAAGAUACAGCUCAAGUGCAAAGCUGCACAGAAUUACAAUUUUUAAUUGAGCCAUAUUACUUUUAAGACUUUUAACUGUAAGAAAAUCACUUUGAUUUACAAAUCUUAUUGGAUAGGUUUCAUGACACUGUACGUUAUUUGUAAGGGUCAUUUAUGCAAGAUAUUAUUUUGAACCCUAGGCCUAUAUCUCUGACUUUUGAGCUUUGAUUCUGGAAUGUUUCAAUAUUCAAGCCGGUAACCUACAUUUCUGAACAGUGGCUAUGGGAGGCACCAACAAUUAGCAGUUUCUAUUGCAUGGAGUGAAUGUUUGAUUUUAGAUGUAGACUAUGUAAAAAAAUUUCUCUCCUCAGGUCAAGAAGAUGUCUUCGCCAAGUCGAGUGCUCGUCAUUGCACUGGCACUGACUCUGUACAUCGUUGAAGUGGCCUCGGCAGAAACACUAUGUGGAGGAGAACUGGUGGACGCUUUGCAGUUUGUCUGUGGAGAUACAGGAUUCUAUUUCAGUAGGUUUCACUUAUUUCCAUUUUAACUUCAAUAUUUUAUUUCCGUUUUCAUUUCUUUUGGCUUUUCAACUAAAUGGAAUGUCUCUUUCUCUGGUGUUCCUGUGUGCACGUGCAUGUUUGUCACUGUGUUUGGUAUGCGCGUGCUGUCACUCUCUCACACACACCACUUCACUUGCUAAUAGCCAGCUGUGCUUCACUGUGAUGUGUCUGAAGACACACGUGAUACUGCCGAGUGGACGCAUUCUGCUGCUAUAGUCUACCUCUGAUUGCAUAUGAAAGAGCGGUGAGGACAGAAGGCACACACAUAGUACCCAAAUGGACACUGAGGGCCGCUUAUUUAGCAGACGGUCUUAUCCAGAGCGACUUACAGGAGCAAUUAGGGUAAAGUGCCUUGCUCUAUUACACAUCGACAGAUUUUUCACCUAGUCCGCUCGGGAUUUCGAACCAGCAACUUUUCAGUUACUGUCCCAAUGCUCUUAAACACUAGGCUAUCUGCCGCCUGUUACUAGCGCAUUCCGCACGGGAAAGUAAUAGCACCCAAGAGGCAUACCACUCACCUCACCACAAAUCUACCCAGGCUAUAGGCAACCACGCUGCGUUUGAUCUAGAUCUGAAGGAUUUAAUUAUUUCAUUGAGCAAGGAUUAUUACUACAGUACUAUUAUUAAUAGUUGUAUUGCUCUUCUAGUAGACUUAAUCUAGAUCUAUACCAGUAACAGCUUUGUGAUUGUUAUUAUUAGCUGACCUAAAAUGCAUUUUAACAAUUCUAACUAUUAACAUGCAGUAUGUAGAACUGAGAGGGUUCCUCUCCUGUCCUCUCUUCCCCUGUCCUCUCCCCCUCCUUUGCCCUGACACAGACAGCAAAAACAAAAGUUGAACAACGCAACUUAUUCAAUAUUUGUCAUCUCCCACCCACUGGCAUUGACAAACAGUCUGCUUCUUUGAGUUGCUGCUUGCCAUGGAAGCCCUCUGUCUACCCAGAGAGGUCAUUAUCCAAUUUGGACUAACAUGGAUGGGCUCCCCCCUCCUCCUCCCUCUGGUUCACCCUUUCUUUCUAUCUCAUGUUCCUCUCUUCCUGUAAUCAAAUACUGGCCUUGCCUCUCCUGAGGUUUCUUCAACAUUGUGUAUGGGGUGAAGAAGGACUUCAAACAAGGUCAUUGUUGAUCGUGGAUAGAAUUCCCCUGUGCUAUGACUUACUUAACCCUCCGCCCACACUUCUCUCUCUCUCUCUUGCUCUCUCUCUCUCUUCUCAUACCCUCGCUAUCUCAUACCCUCUCUAUCUCUCCUUUAUCAUCCCUCUCUCUCUCUCUCUCUCUCUCUCUCUCUCUCUCUCAUGUCUUCUCAGUCACCCUUUUCCUUUCUGCCUCCCUUGCAUUAUCUACCUAUUUGUUGGAGACACACUCUCUCUCUCUCUCUCUCUCUCUUGAUCUUUAUGUGCAUUUCUCUACAUUCUUUAUUCCUCUCUUCUUCUGUUCCUCUCCCUCACUAUCUAUCCCACCUCUCCUGUCUUCCCCUAGUAUUUCAGAUGUCUGUGGACUCUCCCCCCUCUCUCUUCCCUUUAUCUCUGCUGAGUUGGCAAGGGACAAGGUCAAAGGAUGGCAUCCAUGUUGUUUGUUUACUCACCCAAAGAGUGAGGGCUUCAGAUCUAUUUGUAUCUGUGUCUGUACUUGGCUAUGUGUGUCUGUAAUCUCUGUGUCUCUCUUCAUGGCUGUGUAUGUGCUUGGUUAUGUGUCUCUGUGCUUGGCUGUGUUGUAUCUGCCGUCCAGACCUGGUAUAACUAUAGUUGAAACUAUGCUUUGUGGAAAGUUUUUUUUUUUAAUUGGGAGGGGAACAAAAAGUUACUUUGGAGGUGACUACAAAUAUUUGAAUACUGAUCUCAGAAAGUGACUACUUUUUCAAAACUAUUUGAAUACAGAUAUCAGAAAGUAACUACUUUUUUGAAACGAUUUGAAUACAGAGUUAGGAAAGCAACUACUUUUAAAAAUGAUUUGAAUACAGAUCUCAGGAAGUGAUUACUUUUCAGAAACUAUUGGAUUGGCUGCCUUCAACUAAUGGCAGGGCUGUAUCUGGAACUGCAUGCUGAAGAUAGACAUAGAAGGAAUAGAGCACACACAAUCUCCUAUACUAUUCCAAUCUAUUUGGCAGUUAUAUUUGAUCUACACAAUAUAUUUUUAAAUGUCCAUUCUGAAUGACCAUUGCCCCAGGUGUACAUAAUCAAGUCAAACCAAUUAACCAAUGAGAUUUGGUACAGAUACAGUUGAAGUCUGAAGUUUACAUACACUUAGGUUGGAGUCAUUAAAACUUGUUUUUCAACCACUCCACACAUUUCUUGUUAACAAACUAUAGUUUUGGCAAGUCGGUUAGGACAUCUACUUUGUGCAUGACACAAGUAAUCUUUCCAACAAUUGUUUACAGACAGAUUAUUUCAAUUAUAAUUCACUGUAUCACAAUUCCAGUGGGUCAGAAGUUUACAUACACUAAAUUGACGGUGCCUUUAAACAGCUUGGAAAAUUCCAGAAAAUGAUGUUAUGGCUUUAGAAGCUUCUGAUAGGCUAAUUGACAUAAUUUGAGUCAAUUGGAGGUGUAACUGUGGAUGUAUUUCAAGGCCUACCUUCAAACUCAGUGCCUCUUUGCUUGACAUCAUGGGAAAAUCAAAAGAAAUCAGCCAAGACCUCAGAAAGAAAAUUGUAGACCUCCACACAUCUGGUUCAUCCUUGGGAGCAAUUUCCAAAUGCCUGAAGGCACCACGUUCAUCUGUACAAACAAUAGUACGCAAGUAUAAACACCAUGGGACCACGCAGCCGUCAUACCGCUCAGGAGACGCGUUCUGUCUCCAAGAGAUGAAUGUACUUUUGUGUGAAAAGUGUAAAUCAAUCCCAGAACAACAGCAAAGGACCUUGUGAAGAUGCUGGAGGAAACAGGUACAAAAGUAGCUAUACCCACAGUAAAACGAGUCCUUUAUCAACUUAACCUGAAAGGCAGAUCCGCAAGGAAGAAGCCACUGCUCCAAAACCGCCAUAAAAAAGCCAGACUAUGGUUUGCAACUGCACAUGGAGACAAAGAUCAUACUUUUUGGAGAAAUGUCCUCUGGUCUGAUGAAACAAAAAUAGAACUGUUUGGCCAUAAUGACCAUCGCUAUGUUUGGAGGAAAAAGGGGGUCUCUUGCAAGCCGAAGAACACCAUCCCAACCGUGAAGCACGGGGGUGGCAGCAUCAUGCUGUGGGGGUGCUUUGCUGCAGGAGGUACUGGUGCACUUCACAAAAUAGAUGGCAUCAUGAGGAAGGAAAAUUAUGUGGAUAUAUUGAAGCAACAUCUCAAGACAUCAGUCAGGAAGUUAAAGCUUGGUCGCAAAUGGGUUUUCCAAAUGGACAAUGACCCUAAGCAUACUUCCAAAGUUGUGGCAAAAUGGCUUAAGGACAACAUGGCUUAAGGACAACAAAGUCAAGGUAUUGGAGUGGCCAUCACAAAGCCCUGACCUCAAUCCUAUAGAAAAUCUGUGGGCAGAACUGAAAAACCGUGUGCGAGCAAGGAGGCCUACAAACCUGACUCAGUUACACCAGCUCUGUCCGGAGGAAUGGGCCAAAAUUCACCAAACUUAUUGUGGGAAGCUUGUGGAAGGCUACCCAAAACGUUUGACCCAAGUUAAACAAUUUAAAAAGCAAUGCUACCAAAUACUAAUUGAGUGUAUGUAAACUUCUGACCCACUGGGAAUGUGAUGAAAGAAAUAAAAGCUGAAAUAAAUCAUUCUCUUUACUAUUAUUCUGACAUUUCACAUUCUUAAAAUAAAGUGGUGAUCCUAACUGACCUAUGACAGGGAAUUUUUCCUAGGAUUAAAUGUCAGGAAUUGUGAAAAGCUGAGUUUAAAUAUAUUUGGCUAAUGUGUAUGUAAACUUCCGACUUCAACUGUAAGUAUAAAUAAGUUGUGACACUCAACUACUGUGUGACCUUUCAGCAUGCCACUGAAAAGGUUGAAAGCUGCAAUACAUGUUAUGAUACCUGAAAAUACUGCAGAGAAAUUCAAAGCCAUGUACAAACAUUGCAAACAGCAAGUUGGAUGCUUAGCAAAAACACUUGUUUCAAACACACACUAUACCAUAUUUAAAGGGAUUGUUUACUCAGAAUACAAAUUAACAUGAUUUUCCACCUACCUUGGCUGUAGUUGAUUCAAGAAGGCAGUUUUGGGAAAUUGAGUUUCCUUUCGACACUUAAUAGCCAUGUUUUGUUACUGUUAGCAUUCUCAGUAGCACUUAACAUUCAACUGUUCUUGUACCUGUGUAAUAAAACUGUAAUUACUUUUGGAGCAACAUUUUAUUAACAUGUUGUUACAUAAUACGUUGGUAAUUACAUAGCAAUGAGCUGAGAGUUUUUGUAAAUACUGUACACAAGAGGAAUAGUGUCUAUUCCUCAUUCCACUUCUGUAACAACUCCAUUAUUAUGCAAUUAUGAAGCAAUUUCCAAAGUCCUAUGUAACAACAAUUCGCUAAUGUAAUAAUCGCAAAGUUACUACACAUGUGUAAGAACUUGAUGUCAAGUGUAUCUGUAUUACCUUACAUCUCACUCUUACGAAAAUCUAUUUGUAAGUAAUUUUGAACCUGCACAAGUGGUCCUCUCUAAUGUUGAAGUUAUUCCAUGUCCCUCAUGUAUUUAAUUCUAGGCUAUAUUAAGAUUUAUAUCUGAGAGCCCUCCAAACUAUGUGCUAAUGAUCAUAUUUAUACUAAUUCAACUAACUGUUGUAGUUUUUGGUUCUUCAUCAAAUAAUUGUCAGUCAUCAAAUAACAUUUUUGUUUUGUUUUCAAAUAACUUGCAUAUAUUCAAAUAGCUUCAAAUAUGAUGUGGUUUUCUGAGACCUGUAUUUGAAUAUCCCAAAAAUAUAGUUACAUUUGAUUUGAAACUCUAUAUUUAACAAUUUGAGAAUUUGAAAAGUUGGUAUUUCCAAAUAAACUACAAAAUACAACUAUUUUCUGCCCAGGUCUGCUGCAGUCUCCAGUGUGUGAGGAGUGUUUACUGAUGUAUUUACCCACUAAAGGACUUCUGGAUGUCUCAAUUACUGUAGAUACCCUGACAAGAUUACCACUUCCACAAACAAACAAACAAACAUAUAAACAAGCAAACAAACAAACAUCAACUUCUGUCAGAGUUGGCCUCAGAUAGCCUUUCAUCCUGUGUUUGGACAAAGUGAAGUGGAUUUGUCACUUGGUGGAAAACAUUAUGGAUUUGAUGGAUUUGACCAAACUGCCAAUGCCGCUAUCUUGAUUCACUUCAUUGCCUCAUGUCCUAAUGAUUUCUCUCUCUCUCUCUUUCUCUCUCUUUCUCUCUCUCUUGCUCUCCAUCCCUUCUUCUCUCUCUCUGCAGGUAGGCCAACCAGCAGGUCUAACAGCAGACGCUCCCAGAACCGUGGGAUCGUGGAGGAGUGUUGUUUCCGUAGCUGUGACCUCAACCUGUUGGAGCAGUACUGUGCCAAACCUGCCAAGUCAGAGAGGGACGUGUCAGACACCUCUCUGCAGGUCAUAUCCAUGGUGCCCACACUCAAACAGGUACGACAAUAACCUCUUAGCAAACCUGUAUAGGAAAACCAGGAAACCAUCCCUACUUGUCCUCAUCUGUCCUUGACCUGUCCCUGUGUCCAUAUACACUACCGGUCAAAAGUUUUUCAAACACCUACUCAUUCAAGGGUUUUUCUUUAUUUUUACUAUUUUCUACAUCGUACAAUAAUAGCGAAGACAUCAAAACUAUGAAAUGUACAUUUUAAUUUACGUCAUUUAGCAGACGCUCUUAUCCAGAGAGACUUACAAAUUGGUGCAUUCACCUAAUGAUAGCCAGUGGGACAACCACUUUACAAUUAUUAUUUUUAGAGUAUAUUUUUAAUUUUAAUUUGUUUAAUAUAUACAUAUAUAUACAAAAAACUUCAAGCGCUAUAAUGAAACUGGCUCUCAUGAGGACCGCCACAGGAAUGGAAGACUCCGAGUUACCUCUGCUGCAGAGGAUAAGUUCAUUAGAGUUAUCAGCCUCAGAAAUUGCAGCCUAAAUAAAUGCUUCUCAUAAUUCAAGUAAUCAACAUCAACUGUUUAGAGGAGACUGUGUGAAUCAGGCCUUCAUGGUCAAAUUGCUGCAAAGAAACCACUUCUAAAGGACCACAAUAAUUAGAAGAGACUUGCUUGGGCCAAGAAACACGGGCAAUGGACAUUAAACCCGUGGAAAUGUGUCCUUUCGUCUGGAGUCCAAAUUGGAGACUUUUGGUUCCAACCGCCGUGUCUUUGUGAGACGUGAUGUGGGUGAACGGAUGAUCUGCGCAUGUGUAUUUUCCACCGUAAAGCAUGGAGGAAGAGGUGUUAUGAUGUGGGGGUGCUUUGCUGGUGACAAUGUCUGUGACUUAUUUAGAAUUCACACUUAACCAGAAUGGCUACCACAGCAUUAUGCGGCCAUACGCCAUCCCAUCUGGUUUGGGCUUAGUGGAACUAUCAUUUGUUUUUCAACAGGACAAUGACCCAACACACCGCCCGGCUGUGUAAGGGCUAUUUUACCAAGAAGGAGAGUGAUGGAGUGCUGCAUCAGAUGACCUGGCCUCCACAAUCCCCCGACCUCAACCAAAUUGAGAUGGUUUGGGAUGUGUCGGAUAUCAGAGUGAAUGAAAAGCAGCCAACAAGUGCUCAGCAUAUGUGGGAACUCCUUCAAGACUGUUGGAAAAGCAUUCCAGGUGAAGCUGGUUGAGAGAAUGCCAAGAGUGUGCAAAGCUGUCAUCAAGGCAAAGGGUGGCUAUUUGAAGAAUCUCAAAUCUAAAAUAUAUUUUGAUUUGUUUAACACUUUUUUGGUUACUACAUGAUUCCAUAUGUGUUAUUUCAUAGUUUUGAUGUCUUCAUUGUUAUUCUACAAUGUAGAAAAUAGUAAAAAUAAAGAAAACCCUUGAAUGAGUAGGUGUUCUAAAACUUUUGACCGGAAGUGUAUUUCCCCACAUCUCAUCUGUCUCCGUUCCACUGCAUACUGAACCCAUAUGCCCCCGUCUAUGGGAGCAGAAAUAAAGCCAUAGGUUGUGUUUUCCACCUGCUGACCGAGGUGGAAAACGACAGGGCCCGAGAGUACAUUUGGGUAGAGCGGAGCAGGGUCAACUGCAGGUGUGUGUGAGUGUAUGUGUGAAUGUUUGUAUGUUUGCGUGUGUGUGUGUGCCUGUUUCGGUUAAUAAGGUCACAACUGGCGAGGAAGUGAGCAGAUUAGAAAAUGUUGUGACGCGUUACACUGACUGUUAGGAUCUGAUUCAUACAGCCUCCUUCAAGAUCCUUUUUUUAACAUUUGCAGUGUGCCUCGAUUAGUCACGGAACACUAGAUGCUUCAAAACUCACAUACAUUUGGCACCCUUCGCCGAAACAGCACUAACUACCUAGCCCUGAGAAACAAUGUGCUGUAAAUCAUGUCAAAAUUAAGCAUACAAACAAAAUUGAAAUGAAGCUGCAGGCUUUUGAAUUUUGUCAACAACAAUCUCAACUGUGGGCAGCGUUCCAAACCUCUUACUGUAAAUGUCUUCCUCUUCUCGUCUCCUGUUCUUUAUGACUACCCCCUCAGGGUUGGAUUGAUAUCCCUCCGUUUUAACGUUCACCUGCCAUUUCAUUUCAACAUCAGUUGGUUGCAAAAGAAGGAGAAGGUGAUAGGACUAUUUAGAACUGCUAAUGACUGUUUAGCACUAUUAAGUAAAUUUGAGCAACUUUCUUUACGACUCUUUCAGGCUAAGCAUAGGGCUGUUGAAGACUAAUGGUUCUCGUCUACUACGUGUUGUGAGUGUGAGGCGGAUAUGUUCGGACACAUCCCCAGUCUCUCUCUCUCUCACACACACUCUCUCUCACACUCUCUCCCUCACACUCUCUCUUACACUCUCACACUCUCUCUUACUCCGUUUCCCUUGCUCUCUCUUCUUUCUCUCUCUCUUUCUCUCUCUUUCCCCCAGCUGUUUUGUGUGUGUAGGAAGAAAGAGACACAGAGUACUCUCAAAGUGGCAGGACCAAAACAAUCCAUUUAGGAGGAGUACUAGUCGUAGAUAAAUUCUGCCCCCACCCCACCCAAUCUCCGUGUCUCUCUCGUUCUGUCUCUCUCACAUAUAUGCACGCAUGCACGCAGGCACACGCACAUGCACACACACACAUACACACACACACAAACAAUCCCCCUCUGCCUCAGCCUUGGGGAUUUCCCAGUCUCCCUGUUUUAAGGAGUUGGCCAGGGAUGGUGUUCAACCGGAAUGUGUUUACUGCCACAAUGUGUGUUUGUGUGUGUGUGUGUGUUGGGGAGAAGGGGUGGGUUAGCUAAAGGGUCAUUUAGUGAACAAUUAAUGUCUGGUCUCCCAUAUGCGUUGAGUGAGUAUCCCGCAUUCCCUCAGACAUGAUAGACGUUGUAAUCAGAAUCGGCAGCUACCUUCAGUGUAUGGUGGGCACCCAAUGUGCCGACAAAUAUUUUAACCCCCCCCCCCCACCCUCCCUCUCUCUCUCUCUCUCUCUCUCUCUCUCUCUCUCUCUCUUUCCUGACUCCACAGGAUGUCCAAAGAAAAUAUGUGACCAUGAAAUAUUCUAAAUACGAGGUGUGGCAGAGGAAAGCUGCUCAGCGGCUCCGGAGAGGUGUCCCGGCCAUCCUCAGGGCCCGGAAGUUCCAGAGGCAGGCAGAGAAGAUCAAGGCCCAGGAGCAGGCGAUGUUCCACCUGCCCCUGAUCACCCUGCCCAACAAGCUUCCCCCAGUCCUGUACCCCACGGACAAUUACGUCAGCCACAGCGAGCCUCCCAACCAGCACCCCAACCCCCCCCAUCGCAAGUCCUUUGCACAG